AGGAUAAAGACCUACACAAGAGCUAAACCGUUGCUGGACUUCGCGUAUGAAACAGAUGAUUGUCACCGUUUGAGAGCUCUUCUGUCCUGUCAAAGAUGUAUGUGACGUCAGUGUCACUGGUGUGUGUCCUGUCGCUGGUGUCUGGAAAUGUACUGUACUUCAAACCUCACUCAAAGAAUGAGGCUGUGGCAGAAUUUGACCAGGUACCUGAAGAUAGCCCAGAUAUUAUUGUAUAUGACCCUGUGAAAGGUCAUAAAUCCAGAGUUCCUACAACAGUAGAGAGUGCAGUUGGCGAGCGGCCAUUUAGGUCUGUGAUGUGUCCGGGAGGGACAUCUGAGUGCCCAGAUGACACUACAUGCUGUAAGUUAGCCAAUGGUCGGUACGGCUGCUGUCCAUAUCCGGAGGCUGUGUGUUGUUCCGAUAUGAAGCACUGCUGUCGCCAUGGAUUCACCUGUAAUUUAAGCAAAGAGCGAUGUGAACAAGGAAAUUUAUUUAUGCCACUGAUUUCGAAACUUCCCGCCUCAAAACGUAUUCAACAUCAGAAAAAGAAUAGAGGUUCUCAAAGGUUGUUGGCGAGUUCCAUGAUUGCAGGUCCACAAAACAUUUGUCCUGGUGGAGAGCAAGCCUGCGCGAGCGGCUACAGUUGUUGUGGCAAUGCCAACAAUACCUACAGCUGCUGUGGUUACUCACCUGCCCACUGCUGUGCUGAUAAUGUACACUGCUGUCCAGCCAACUACAAAUGCCUCAGUAAUGGUCUUUGUGAGGAUAAAAAUGGAUUCACCUUGCCAAGGUCGCUCAAGGUUGAGGCUUCUGCAAUAAAAGUUGAGGCCAACAUUGUUUGUAAAGACAAAAGUCAGUGUGCGACAGGAAACACAUGUUGUAUGAAGGGAACCAACGUCUAUGGAUGCUGUCCUCUCCCAAAUGCGAUUUGCUGUGUCGACAAGAAGCACUGCUGUCCAAAUGGAUAUCAAUGUGGCCCUAGAAUGGGAUUUUGCAUGAAGGCCUAUCAUAUCAUCGAUCUUUCUGUGGGAAACAAACUUGAUCAUUCAAAGAAGUUGGCCAAUGACCCCAAGGAUGCUGCCGAGGAGAAAGUAGUUUCCACAGAUGUUGUCUGUCCAGACCAAAAGAGCAAAUGUCAGACAGGACAGACUUGCUGCGAGACACAAUCUGGAGGCUAUGGCUGUUGUCCCGCAGAAAAUGCGGUGUGUUGUCCAGACAAGAUACACUGCUGUCCACAAGGCACCCAUUGUGGUGCAGGGAAAUGUUACAGGGGCAACUACUCCAUCAAUUGGCUUGAGAAAUCCUCAUCAUACAAUGUGUCCAAACCUAGGGGGGGUGUUUGUUGUGGAGACCGUGGUGAUCACUGUUGCCCAGAAGGUUACACUUGUGACCUACAGAAAAAGAAGUGUAUAAAGGAAGGAUCAAACCAGGUCACAGAAUGGCUGACAAGUGUCCAGUCUACUGCGUUGUCUGUCCAGAAUGUGGUUUGUCCGGAUGGAAAAUCUGAAUGUCCAACAGGGAAUACAUGUUGUCUUGGAAAAGAAGGGACAUAUGGAUGCUGCCCAUUACCAAAUGCUGUUUGCUGUCCAGAUGAAAAGCAUUGCUGCAAGGAGAAUACAAAAUGUGAUUCAACAUCCCAUAAGUGUUUACAGAGUAAUGGUCUGUUGACGGACUCAUUUGAGAAAUCAGAGAGCCAGCCUGUGGUUAGAUCAUCUAACACCAUUUGUCCUGAUGGACAGUCCCAUUGUCCAGACGGAAGUACAUGCUGUGCAGUGGCCGGUGGUAGCUACGGAUGCUGCCCAUUACCAAAUGCGGUUUGCUGUGCCGAUGACAAGCACUGCUGUCCCGAAAACUACAAAUGUGACACUGGUUCAGGAACAUGUACGAAAAAUAACGGCAUGUCCAUGGAAUGGCUUUUGAAAACAGAAAGCCAACCUACAGCUAGAUCACCUGAUGUCAUUUGUCCUGAUGGACGUUCUCAGUGUCCAUCUGGUGACACGUGCUGUAAAGUGGGAGAGAACAAAUACGGAUGCUGCCCUCAGCCGAAUGCGGUUUGCUGUGCCGAUGACAAGCACUGCUGUCCCGAAAACUACAAAUGUGACACUGGUUCAGGAAGAUGUACGAAAAAUAACGGCAUGUCCAUGGAAUGGCUUUUGAAAACAGAAAGCCAACCUACAGCUAGAUCACCUGAUGUCAUUUGUCCUGAUGGACGUUCUCAGUGUCCAUCUGGUGACACGUGCUGUAAAGUGGGAGAGAACAAAUACGGAUGCUGCCCUCAGCCGAAUGCGGUUUGCUGUGCCGAUGACAAGCACUGCUGUCCCGAAAACUACAAAUGUGACACUGGUUCAGGAAGAUGUACGAAAAAUAACGGCAUGUCCAUGGAAUGGCUUUUGAAAACAGAAAGCCAACCUACAGCUAGAUCACCUGAUGUCAUUUGUCCUGAUGGACGUUCUCAGUGUCCAUCUGGUGACACGUGCUGUAAAGUGGGAGAGAACAAAUACGGAUGCUGCCCUCAGCCGAAUGCAGUUUGCUGUGCCGAUGACAAGCACUGCUGUCCACACGACUACAAAUGUGACACUGGUUCAGGAAGAUGUACGAAAAAUAACGGCAUGUCCAUGGAAUGGCUUUUGAAAACAGAAAGCAAACCUACAGCUAGAUCAACUUAUGUCAUUUGUCCUGAUGGACAUUCUCAGUGUCCAUCUGGUGACACGUGCUGUAAAGUGGGAGAGAACAAAUACGGAUGCUGCCCUCAGCCGAAUGCGGUUUGCUGUGCCGAUGACAAGCACUGCUGUCCACACGACUACAAAUGUGACACUGGUUCAGGAAGAUGUACGAAAAAUAACGGCAUGUCCAUGGAAUGGCUUUUGAAAACAGAAAGUCAACCUACAGCUAGAUCAACUUAUGUCAUUUGUCCUGAUGGACAUUCUCAGUGUCCAUCUGGUGACACGUGCUGUAAAGUGGGAGAGAACAAAUACGGAUGCUGCCCUCAGCCGAAUGCGGUUUGCUGUGCCGAUGAGAAGCACUGCUGUCCACACAACUACAAAUGUGACACUGUUUCAGGAACAUGUACGAAAAAUAACGGCAUGUCCAUGGAAUGGCUUUUGAAAACAGAAAGCCAACCUACAGCUAGAUCACCUGAUGUCAUUUGUCCUGAUGGACAUUCUCAGUGUCCAUCUGGUGACACGUGCUGUAAAGUGGGAGAGAACAAAUACGGAUGCUGCCCUCAGCCGAAUGCUGUUUGUUGUGAGGAUGAUAUACACUGUUGUCCACACAACACGAAAUGUGACACAGCUCAUGGGAAGUGUACUGCUAGCAAUGGUUUGUCUAUGAACUGGUUGGACAAAACUGAAAGCCAACCUGUGGAGGUAUUAAAAGAUAUUAUUUGUCCUGAUGACAAAUCCACGUGUCCACCUGGAAACACAUGCUGUUUGACAGGCGUUGGGAAAUACGGUUGUUGUCCCCGUCCGGAAGCUGUGUGCUGUGAUGACAAGAAGCACUGCUGUCCAAAGAACUCAAAAUGUAACACCACUAGUGAAAGGUGCAUAAAUUCUGAUGGUUUGUCAAUGGAUUGGUUAGAGAAAGGUGCAUCGGUAUCGGUCAAAAACUUGUCUCCAUCCUUUGCUUUGAUCGGUCCUGCUGCUUAUGAUAAUGAGCCUGUGUCCACAUCUGUAGACUGCCCAGGGGGUGGUUCCUGCCCUGAUACCAACACCUGCUGCAAGGAUCCGACUGGAAAAUACGGCUGCUGCCCAUAUGCCAAGGCUGUUUGUUGUCCUGAUGGGAAAUACUGCUGCCCACAUGAAUACAUAUGUGACGGAAAUAUGAUUUGCCGAGACCCCAAUGGAAUCAAGCGGAAAGACUUCAGCACAAACCUAUUUUUGCAACGCAUUGCAAACAAAGUCGGAGGAAAGAACUAGUUUUGAGUAUCGAAAUUCUAACAUUUAUUUUAUAGGGGUUAUUUUCAAGUUAUUUCAGUUCCCUACUUAAUAUGUUUUCAUAUAGAAAAAAACCCAGAAAUAUACAACUACAAAAAUUGCAUAUAUCAGUAUGUGAUAAAGUAUGUGUAGGGUAUGUGCAGUGUUUGUUUCUAAUGUUACCAUUACGAUCCCUGCCCCCUAUCACCGUCAAGUCUAUGUUGAUUCUUCAUGUGUCCUGUAUUUCUUGCCCUUAUUGUAAGGAGAAAUGAUGCGGAAAGUCAUAUUUCCCUUGGGCGAUGAAAUGCAUUGGAUAGACAAAUAUCAUAGCUCCCUGCAAUCAGCAGUAAAUGUAUUAUACCAGACAUUUAAAUUGCUACAAACUUUUUUUUGACAUCUCAAUCAUAAACAUUCAUAUAUAAAAGAUAUUUUUGCUUUCUUUUUAUUUCCAAAAAUUUUGACCACCUUUCUCGAAUUUGUUAGUUUAUAAGAUAUUAUAUUCCUGCAUACCGUAUAUGGUAUAUUAAGCGAUGGUUUAUACUAGGUGAUGUUUUGGUCUCUUACACACAGGGUAAUGACAGAAUAUGAGGUUCUAUUCCUUUCCUGGACGACCUCUUCAAAAUACCCUAUACCACUUAUGCUGCUCUUCAAAAAUUCUUUGACACGUACUUUUCCAACAAAAUAUUUUAAAAUUUUGUAAAACUGAUUUCAAAGUUAAAUAUUACUUCUUGUGGCCACAACACAAAUGUUAAUUUUCAAUCCUUCAAUUUGAUUUAGAAAAUUUACAAAGAGUAUAUGAUGUCACAUGUUUGUACUGUCAAAUUCAGUUUUUUUUUCUUUGAAAAAACUGUUUUGGACAUUUGUAUAGAUUUUCAUGAACCUCAGUUUCCAUCGUAAAGAGUGUGAAUACAAACAUUUUUCUUGUUUUUGAACAUGUAUAGAUGUAAACAUUGAUUUGUACUUCACGAAAUAUUUGUUCCAAGUGUAUGUGUUUACUAACAAAUGCCAUGCCUAUUUUCGUAUUAACAUAGAUAAUUUAUUUUAUGAACUACUAAGACCAUUGGAAAAUUAUUAUAAUAACCAAGAUAUUGCAAUUUGAUAUAAAGGGUAAUGGCAUAGAGAAAGUGGGCCGAGUAUAAGACUGUCUCAACAGCUUUUGCUAAUGAUAUUGAUAAAUUUGAUCUCGAAAUGAUUUUGAACGUAAAUCACACAUGGUAAAUAUAUCUGACAUUUUUAAUGCUAUUUGAAAAUAUAGGAAAUAAAAGUACAUUUAUUUUUAUUUAUCCUUAGCUUUCUCCGAGAUAUGGAUAUUAAUUUGGGUUCGUCCAUCCCUCUGUCCAUCUUUAGUUACCUUGUUUACUCUGAACCUCAGAAAUAUGUUAGGAAAGCAGGGGAUAUAAAAUCUACAGAUUUUCUUGUUUUAUUUUGUUUUGUUUAUGAUAUAAAUCCAAUACAGUUGUCGGUUAAUUAAGCAAUUUACCUCGUGCUCCAUUGUACUUAUAUGUGAUCUCAUAAACUAUACAAUUUAAAAGAAGAAUCUUUAAACGAAUAGAGAUGUCAGUACCAAAAAGCAGGAUUUAUAUAUAUUAUAUCCAUUUCUUAAACAAAACGCUUUUGAUGUAAUCAAAACAGUUGUCUUGGAGUGGAUCAGUCAUAAUGAAGAGAGAUGUGUGCAUUGGUAAUACAUGUAUAGUUUCAUUUGAUCAACAAUUUAUAUAUACAUUUUUGUAUCUUCUAUGUUACAAACCUACUCCUCCUGGAGUUACCUUGGCUGUAUAAAUAGGUAACACCUCUGUAAUGACCAGGAUGUUGCUGACGUUAUUUGUGUUCGACAAUAAAUAUUUUGUUGUAUAUAGAAUCACUGUUUACCUUGUACUAGUAACUCUACAGAUAUCUAUCAAGUGCCAUUUUGUCAUGUGAAUACUUUAUCUAUUUAAGGGUUGAUCAAGUGAUAUCCUGUGAAUAUCAGUUUUUUUCUCUCUAAGAGACAUUUUUAUGGAAUAGAACAUAGUUCUCUCUGCGCGAUAUUAUAAUAUUUUUUUACAUCAAUAUGCUUGGUCCUCAAUAUAUCAUGUCAAGAUAUGAAGUAAAAUGUAGCGAUAUAAUAGUUUGUUGUGUUUAAUGAUGGAAAUGUAUGGAGCAUGAUUGGGUGGGACAAAGGUAACACAUGUACACUGUAUUUACAUGUAUCUAGAUGACACAUGUAAACAUGUACACUGUAUUUACAUGUAUCUAGAUGACGCAUGUAAACAUGUACACUGUAUUUACAUGUAUCUAGAUGAUCUAACACAUGUACACUGUUUUUACAUGUAUCUAGAUGACGCAUGUAAACAUGUACACUGUAUUUACAUGUAUCUAGAUGACACAUGUAACACGUACACUGUAUUUACAUGUAUCUAGAUGACACAUGUAACACAUGUACACUGUUUUUACAUGUAUCUAGAUGACGCAUGUAAACAUGUACACUGUAUUUACAUGUAUCUAGAUGACACAUGUAACACAUGUACACUGUUUUUACAUGUAUCUAGAUGACGCAUGUAAACAUGUACACUGUAUUUACAUGUAUCUAGAUGACACAUGUAACACAUGUACACUGUAUUUACAUGUAUCUAGAUGACACAUGUAACACAUGUACACUGUAUUUACAUGUAUCUAGGUGACACAUGUAACACAUGUACACUGUAUUUACAUGUAUCUAGAUGACGCAUGUAAACAUGUACACUGUAUUUACAUGUAUCUAGAUGAUCUAACACAUGUACACUGUUUUUACAUGUAUCUAGAUCAACGGGUACAAUUCCCCGAUACUGUGUUGUAAAAGAUUUUGGGGGUCAUCUGCCCAACCACAUUAGUUUUCUCUGUGUACUCGGGUUUCUUCCACAGAAGACUCCUUCCUAUCUGAGCACACAGUGAUAAAUUUAUGUUGAAAAGCUGUAAUCAGAAAUCGUUCGGGAAUUCUCAUCAUCAUAUCACUCCAUUGAAUGGUCUCUGAUUAAUUUAACGAUUUGAUGGAAUGACCCGAACGGUUGUCAAUGGUAGACUUUGUUCUUACUGUUAUCAAUUUAUACUGGUUUGUUAUGAACUGUACAACAGUAAUGUACAUGGUACAAUAUGAUAAGAUUUUCAUCCAUGCUGUGUUAUGUUGUGUACAUUUUGGAAAAUUUUAAAUCACUGCAAUGGUAUAUUGGGCUAUCAAUCCAAUAUUCCUUUUCGAUAAUGUUUUGUCUAUGAGGAUUAUACUAUGUCCAGGAAAUGAAAACGCUAUCGCCAACAUAGACCUGUACAUGUGUACAGUAAUAGCCACUUUUUUGUAACACAUUCCAUUACGUAUGUCUUUAGUAUCAGUUGACUUCAGUGUGGCAUUGUCUUGUUGAUUUGCAUAUUUUGUUUGUUGUAUUGACAUUAUUUUUUAGACAACUAAUUCUAUGACUUACUUAGGUUGAUGUUCAAAUCUAAUUUGAUACAUUAAUAUUUGAUCAGCACAUUUUACUUUUGCUAUGGUUAGUGACUUAAUACAAACAUAAUCACGUUGACAACACUUACUAAUGUAAACAAGAUGUUACCAUGAAGUUCCCCGAUAUAGAAGGUAUACUAUAUUACCUGUCCAGGUGUGAUAUAGAAGGUAUACUAUAUUACCUGUCCAGGUAGAAGGUAUAAUAUAUUACCUGUCCAGGUGUGAUAUAGAAGGUAUAAUAUAUUACCUGUCCAGGUAGAAGGUAUACUAUAUUACCUGUCCAGGUAGACGGUAUACUAUAUUACCUGUCCAUGUAGAAGGUAUACUAUAUUACCUGUCCAGGUAGAAGGUAUACUAUAUUACCUGUCCAGGUAGAAGGUAUACUAUAUUACCUGUCCAGGUAGAAGGUAUACUAUAUUACCUGGCCAGGUAGAAGGUAUACUAUAUUACCUGUCCAGGUAGAAGGUAUACUAUAUUACCUGUCCAGUGGUUAUAUUAUUACUGUCGGUUUUAGAUUAACUUCCACUGAUAUUUUACCACUGGACUGAGCAUCAUGCUUUACUAUUGUGAAUUAAAUGAAAAUUAUAAAUGAAAACUUUUAGAAAUCCAGGUCGGGUUAUUAUAAGUACAUACACUAAAAAUGACAUGUACCUUAUUUGAUAGACCUAUAUAUUGUACGCGUCUCUGCAACACCAAAGUCACCUUUGAACUAUGCAUAAUUUUUUUCCUAUUUGAUAGAUGUUGUAUCCUGUAUUAAUGAUUGAAGUUUAUAUCUGUUGUGUUUUUUUCAAAACGAUAAUCAAUUACUAAAACACCAAGACGCAGUUGGAUCUGUACUUACGCUUUGAGAUUUAUGACAUCGUUAAUUCUUCAUGUUUCGUUUUUUUUUUCAUUUACUACGUUCUUAUUUCUCAACCAGUUAAGACAAUACUAGUAUAUCCUGUACCAGUGUAUCCUGUACCAAUGUAUACUGUACCAGUGUAUACUGUAUCAGUGUAUACUGUAUCGGUGUAUACUGUACUGGUGUAUACUGUAUCAGUGUAUACUGUACCAGUGUAUACUGUACCAAUGUAUACUGUACCAGUGUAUACUGUAUCGGUGUAUACUGUAUCAGUGUAUACUGUACCAGUGUAUAAUGUACCGGUGUAUACUCUACCAAUGUAUACUGUAUCGGUGUUUACUGUACCAGUGUAUACUGUAUCGCAUAUUGAAAUCUUAGAAUGCAUGAGGCUGAGUGCAUGGUAUUUUUUUCUUGACAUUUUAUGCAUGUGAUAUCUUCUAAUGAGACAAAUAAAAAUAUACAUUUUGGAAAAAU